AUGCCUUCGUAUGCAAAGUUCUUGAAGGAGACAUUGUCUAAGAAGCGGAAGCUCACAGAGGAUGAACCUAUUACACUAAUAGAAGAGCGCAGUGCAAUCAUACAGAAAAACUUGCCUAAUAAGUUGAAGGAUCCAGGGACCUUCAGUAUUCUAUGCACCAUCGGCAAGACGCCUAUAGAAAAAGACCUAUGCGAUCUUGGUGCCAUCAUAAAUGUGAUUCCCCUCACCCUGAUGAAGAAGCUGGGAAUUGGUGAAGUCAAGCCAACAAGGAUGAAUGUUCAACUGGCCGACUGCUCAACAAAGCAAGCAAAUGGUAUGGUGGAAGAUGUGCUCGUCAAGUGUGCCUAUGAUCUUCGGGAGGCCAUUCCUAGCAAUCUUAGGAGCGCUAAUUGA